CGAAUCGUUCGUGGAUGUCAUGUCACCGUAUCAAUACGCAAAGCGAGACGACUUCCUGUUCCCUUCCAAUGUCCAGUUCCCUCUCAUGAGCUUUGUCUCGACACUGCACAAGAACCUGGAGAAGGCCACCCCAAACAAGAGCAAUGUGCCCAACCCUGGUAGAGGCCAGCGACACCACUUCAUGUUCACCAACAACAGCCCUGUCGAGUUCACAAAGGACUCGCUCGAGGUGGUCAUCACCGACCUUUCUGGCUUCAAUGAUCUCAACUUUGUCCUUGAGAAGAGUGCCCAUAGCCGACUCCUGCACGACCAGGAAGAUGAAUGAGUGCGCAGCGAUGGUCAUUGAAAUUUUGGUGUGCUGGGUUGAGGGAAAAUGAAAUACGGUUUCACUGCUGACACGCCGACUGAGCAAGAAACGGGUAUCGCCAUGUCAACACCAAUGCCUACCGUCGCUGACGACAAGCGCUUCAUCCUGCGUGUCUGCCGUUCGUUGGCCGUUGAUGACUUUAUCGCCGCCGGUGCCAUCGGUCUAUAUCAGCGGCUUCUGAUCAACUACAGCGACCACCUUCCCUGCAAAGACAACACGGUCUUGUGCAUCGCCAUAGUUUGUCUCAUACUCAAGAUCGAGCUUGACUAUGAAUAUCUCGACACAACCCGCAUCAUCACCACCGCUCAGGCGGCCAGGUCGCUGUUGGCUGGGGGCGAUGCAAAGAAAUCCAACUGGUCAUUGGGAAGUAUCAGUACCAGCAAGGAGCGACAUGCAUUUUACAAAUCGAUAUGGAGCCAAAUCUCCAGCGAGGAGCGUCGCAUUCUAUCGUUGCUCGAGGGAAACGUCAUCCCUGAAAACCAGACACAAGUCAAUCCAAUGGCCAUCCUUUACACGAUUACUCAAAACUGGAAAAAGGAGCAGCGUGUCUUCAGGAAGCUCGUUCAAGACCAAAUUCUCGAACUCAGUAUCGAGACAGACAUGCUAUCGACCCAUGAACCCAGGGCCGUCAUACUUGCCGUCAUUCAACAUGAGGCUCGUGAGCGUGGGCUCCCACUUCUGGUGAUCAGUGAAACCGAUGCUCAGUUGAUGGCCGACGAGCGCAUGAUCGACAUGGUCUCCGCCGCCUGCGCAAAAACGAAACCGCAGUAA